CAGCACAUCAAACAACAGCCGAUUCCGCACGUUGGCAUGACGUAAGGGUGCCGGAGAGCUGCGGGUCUGGCUGGGACUGCGGAGCUCAUUUUGCGGGUGAAAGACAUGGAGAGCGAGCCGAGACCCCCGCCCACCCUAAUGAGCCUCGCCACCCAGCUAAUCAACAUAGUCUCUCUGAUUCUCAGCAGCAGAGAGGUCCUCUACAGCAAUGUGAUCAGAAAGACAGAGCAGUAUGGAGACAGGGUCUGCCAGUGGGCACAAGGCCUUGUGGGUCCACCCAGUAACCAGAAGUCACCUGUCUUCUGCUGGUGUGAGUCUCACCCAGCCACUCCUCCUCUCCCUGUGCCCAGGCAGGGCUGGCCCAAGCCUUGCAGCUCCAAUAAUGAAGAAUCGCCUCAAGGUGGCAGGAUCUUACCAGAUCCAUCUUUGUUUGCUGUUGCGAAGUCCGUGCUGAAGGUCAUGUGGCUUGUUGUAUGGGCAACUGGUCCCCUACUGUACCGUACAGUCUUUCACAAGAUAACAAGCCCCUUGGUGCCUCUGAAAACCUGCUGGCACAAUCUGCUACAGAGGGUGAUCAUUGUAGCUGCCGUUUUAAUACUGGUGAUAUGGAAACUCACAAGCAUGACAGGACGAAUGUGUAUGAUUAUACUGAAAGAAAAGGGUAUUUUUCAGCUACGGCUGGUGGCAGUCCCAUUGAACCUGAUGAGGGUAGUGAUAAACACAGCAGACCACGUUUUCGUAAUUAUAGUCACUGCAGGGCUCAGAGUCUGCAUGCUCUUGUUCUUGCUGGUGUCCACUGUGCUUCAUGCAUGCCUGAAGGAGUACUGCACAGAUAGUGGUAGAGAGAGCAGUCAGGAAAGGUCAGCGCUAUGACUGCAGGAGGAAGAUUCAGCACAAGAAAUAAUUCUGUCUCUUGGUGUGCCACUGCUGACAUAUAAACAAAAUAUUGUCUCCUCUU